AUGAAGGAGCUGGAGGAGGCGUACAACAUAUGCCACUGCGGAGCGAACGUGAUAGAGAAGUGCUUCUUCGCCAAGGAGGUGAAGAGGAGCAUCAACAAGCGGGAGGUGCACAUGUACCAGCUGUGCAUCAUCCACUACCAACUGAGCAACCGGGAAAAAAUUUACAAAAUGGCGUGCAUCCAAGAUGACCUAGACAUGAGCAACAGCUUCUAUGAUGGGGAGUUAAAGAUGUACGUGUCGAAGGACGGGACCGUAGGAUGCCUAUUUUGUAAUGAGGAGAAGAAGAGGAGAAUCGAUUUAUUUAAAAAUGAAACAAACAACGGCAAGUUCUUCGUAACCUGUAUGAACAACGUGCCGAUAGGCACAGACACACACAGGCGCUUCUUCAUGCACGAGUCUUUUUGCUCCUUCAACGCGAGUAACACCCUCAUGAUUUACAGUGCCGAAAGUGACGAUAUGAAAUUGAAGAAGGAGAGUAAUUUUAUACAAAAAAAGGAUUUUGAAAUUUUAAAAAAAAUUAACAAUCAUAUUUACACAGAAACGUUUGGAGAGCAAUUUGAUUACUCCUUCUUCAAUUUGUUUGUUUAUAAUUUGGUGGACAAUACGGUUAAGUACAUAACGGUGAAGGACGUCUCGGGGUGUUACUACAGUCCCCAGUUUAUUGAUGACACCUCUUUUGUGUGUCUUUCAUACAGGACUGUUCCCUACCGACUGGGGAUAUACGCCUUUAAUGUGAGACCCAACGAUUUGUACCUCUGCACGUUGAACGAUUCGGAUGUAGAGCCUUGCGACAGGAGGGAGCGCGAUGGGAGGGAUGGGAAACGGGGGGGACUUCCCGGUGGAGGAGGAGGUGGCCAAACCAGUGAACGUAACCGGAAGAAUCACAUUCGGUGUGCCUAUGCUAAAUUAUCUGGAAAGAAUUUCAAACAUACAGCUGCGCCGCUCGUAAUUAGACACGACGAUUCCUGUGUGUUCGUAGCCUGCUUGGUCGUUUUUGCAAAAAAUGAGGAGUCGAAGCAGCACUUGAUGGAGUACAGCUUGGUGCUGAUAAAGCUGGUGAAGGAGGACGCCAAGGCGAGGGCGAAGAGAAAUAGGGGUAACGUACCACAGGAGGAGAAGCACGAGGUGCACGCGGAGGGUGGCUUCUACUGCAGUGGCGAGGGAAGUGACGGUACGAACGAUUGCGAGCAGGGGGGCCACCCCACCAGUGUAGCCGCAACACCUGUAAGUGCGGCCGCUACUCCGCCUAGUCAAGAUGACAUAUGCAACUAUAAGAAAGCGGAGACGGAGGUGAUCAUUCGGGAGGGGAGCUACACCGGGUUCUUCCGCGGGUUGUACACGAACGAAAUAAAGGGGUGCUGCUAUCCGUAUCUCUUCUUAAACACGAUUUUCUAUUGCAGCAAGAUUGCCAUCGCUGUGCACAUGUUCACGAAGAAGGUGCACCGAAUAUUAAUUCAUAACAUUUAUAAUCACAACGAUGUGAACACAAGCAUCGAAAUCAUGUGCAUGAAGGAGGAUAACCUGCUGGUGAGCAUCCGAAAUAUGCUGCUCAACGAUGUGCUGGCGUAUUGCCUUUUUAACGAAUCAAAUAUAAGUGGGGACUACGUGUACCUCACGAAUGUACGUAGUUACAAUCUCGACUUUACGACGUAUGAAACUAUUAAGAAGAAACAGACGAGCAUCAUUUAUGCCAAUGUGAAUGACCUGUCGGAGAAGCUCUUUAUGCUGUUGAGCCAAAUGGAAACGUCCCUUUUUAAUGAAAAGCAUCCCUACAUUAGGAGGAAAAAUGCCACCUUUAAUAUGCUAUACGAGAGCGAACUGGAAUUCCAGCAUGAUGUGCAGAAGAGGGGUCUACACCUACCAAACUUUAAUUUGUUUAAUGGGAAAAAUAAGAGGAACUUAAUCUUGUACAUCCAUGGGGGGCCCUACUGCACUUGCCUCAAUGAGUAUAAGGAUGUCUUCAUUUUUUUUGCCGCCUGCGGAUUUGACGUCCUCUGCGUCAACUACAUUGGGUCCCUUGGCUAUUCAGACAAACCGAACGUUUUAAAUGGGCACGUGAAUUCUCUCGAAAUUAAGGACAUCAUAGAUACGUUUAAAAAUUUUUACAAUUGUUUUGGGGACUACGAAAGCGUCUACCUGUACGGAGCAUCCUACGGAGCGUUUGCCUCCUGCGCCAUUCUAACCAAGUGCAACUUAUUCAAAAGUUGCUGCAUCAUCAAUGGGAUAUACGAGUGGGUUCUGUCCGCUCACUCGAGCGAUGUGCCCGAUUAUUACCUAAAUUUGUGCUUGAACAAAGGAGCAGAGUACGAUUGCUUUUUUAGUAAAAAUGACUAUGCGAGCAUGUAUGAAUUAUCCCCGGUGCACUGCGUGCAGAACAUUUGCACGCCGAUUUUGAUUGUUGCUUCGAAGGACGACUUGCGCGUCUCGCACCACAACAGCCUCUCCCUGUACAAGCGGCUGCGCGCGCUCAAGAAGAAGUCCAAGCUCUUCCUCUUCGACGACUGCACGCACUCCGUCAAGAACCUCGCCUUCGAGGAGACCCUCCUCCUCAACGUCGUCCUCUGGUUCUACGACUACGACAGUAGGAAGAAGCGGUGA